CAGCAAUCGAAACGAAGCUCCUGUUAGAUCUAAGGCAAAACAAAACAAACCGAAUAAAUUUUCAUUUUAUAUAUGGACUGUUUAUCAUCUCAACGUCUGAGUUAGAUCGACGCGAAUCGACAUCGAGAGAGACAGGAUCUAAUGGUGAAAGAGACUUGUCGGUGGAGUUAACUCUUUUUGAGUUAAAGCGGGCGCAGAAACGGAGUGGAUUGGAUGGACAAGAACAAGAACCGUACCGAUCUGAUUGCCGCCGGCCGUAAAAAGCUCCAACAAUUUCGUCAAAAGAAGGAUGGUAAGGGCAGUAGUAGCCAAGGAAAAUCAUCAAAGAAGUCUAGUAAAUCUGAGCAGCAUGAAGCCGAUGUUGAUGCAGCAUCAGCUGAUGCUGCUGCACCAACCGGAUCUUUAACUCCUGAAGAGGAAAAUGCAUCUCAUGUUGAGAUGAAUCUGAGAGUUGUGGAUUCAAAUUCAACUGAGAAUUUACAGGAUCCUGAAGUUGCUGUUGUAGCCAGUGAGCCUUCAUCAGUGGCCAUUGUACCUGAAUCAAGCUCUUUCGAAACACCGUUGGCUCAUGAGGUUGAAUUACCUCCACAGGAAUUGGGGCUUGUUAACAUAGACGCCUCAGUCCAUAAUGGGGAGAGUACUCAAAAUGUUGAUGUUGAGGAAGCCAGAGAAAUGUCUUUAGAAACUGUAGGUAUCCCGGUUUUUGAAGGGGAAACCAAGUAUGCUGACAUGGCUGUGAUUUCUCAUGUGUCAGUUCUGUCGGAAUUAAUCGAUACAAGAGACGGGGAGAUAGUUACUGCCGAAACGGAUGGUGUUAAUGAGAGUCUGAAGUCAGUCUUUUCACAAGAAAUUCUUCCUGAUACGUCCUCGAUUCAAGCGAGGGGUGAUCAGGUAACAGAUGUAGGGGCAAUGCAGGAAGCUGAUGGUUCGGGUUUGAAGCAAUUUGAUGAUAGAAGCUAUGAACCAGAGCAUAAAGGAGAUGGGAAUCUCAUUCUCUCUGAGUUUGUUGGAAGUGUUGCAAAACUUGAAGAAUCAGCUUCAGAAGUGACUGAUGUAUAUGAGAUUACCCAUGAAGUAAAGCCAACUGAAAAGGUUGAUUAUGCCACUGAGUCAACUUUGCCAGCCAUCAUGUCGGAUGCAGUUGGGUUUUCAUCUCCCAUCCUGGAUUCUCAAGAAGCAGAUGGUACUUUGGCUGUUAGUCAUCAAGAUACAAGUCAGUUGAAAGAUGUAGUGGCAGGCUUAGCUAACGAAGAAAUAUCAGAAAUACUCCGUGCUGACUAUGGAAAGGACUGGAAAGAAGGGGCUCAAGCAGACACGGAUAGUAUUAUGGUUUCAGAAGAUUAUAACGAGCGGCAGUAUAUGACCGAGGGUAAUGUUCAAGGAAGAUCUGUGGCGGAAGAAAUGUUGAGUCCAUCUGUAAAAACUGAGUCCUUUGUUGGAGAUGGGUUCUCAGUCAGCUUUUUGCAGCUCAAGGAGGUGGUAAGGAGGCUUAGUGAGGAUGAGUUCCAGUCUCUUCUAAAUUUAAGAGGACCUGUUUCUAAUGCACAGUUGGGAACUGAUAGUUUGAUCCUAGCUGAGCGUGGUUAUUCAGAUUCUUUUGAGAGACUGAAGGAAGAGUUAUAUCUCACAAGUUUUGGAAAAGAUAUAUUUCAUUUGCAACUUUCUGAAAUGUCUGAUAUGCAGUUUGAAUUUGAUCGGCAUCAUCAGUUGCUUGAAGAAAUAUCUGUGCUCUGUACCUCCCUUAAUGAAGUUCAAGAGAGGAGAGAAUGCCUGGCUGCAGAGCUUUCACAUUGCAGGUCUGAACUCCUGGUUGUUGAUAGCAGGAGGGAGGAGCUUGAAAACCAAGUUCAUUUGGUGAAGGCAGAGGCUCAGGAGUUUUCUGGUAGGGCACUUGAAUUGCAGUUUAGCUUGGAAAGAUCACAAGGGGAUUUAUCAAGCCUGUCAAUGGAGUUAGCUGACUGCAAGGAUUUGGUUGCUUCUUUACGGCUGGAGAAUGAGAACUUAAAUGGAACUCUUGCUUCAGUGAUGGAGGAUAGAAGGAAACUUGUGGAGGAAAAGGAGUCUUAUCAACAUGAGAAUGAGAAGCUUUCAUCGGAGUUAGCUAACUGCAAGAGUUUGGUAGCAGCUCUAGAGGUAGAAAUUUCCAACUUCAGUGGGACUCUGGCACUAGGGACCGAGGAAAGAAAGAAACUUGAAGAGGAGAAGGAGUCUCUUGCCCAUGAGAAUGGGAAAAUUUCUAUGGAAUUGACUGAAUGGAAGGAUUUGGCAGCUGCUUUACGGGCUGAAAAUGCUGACUUAAACGGGAGUCUUUCUUUGAUAACAGAGGAGAGAAAGGAGCUUGAUGAAGAAAAAGAGUCUGUUGCUUGUGAGAACGAUAAACUAUUUAUGGAAUUGACUGACUGCAAGGGUUUGGUUGCAGCUCUACAGUUAGAAAUAUCCCACUUAAAUGAGAGCCUUGCUAAAAUAAUAGCGGAGAGAGAGAAGCUUAAGGAGGACAAGGAAUUUUUUGUCCAAGAGAAUGAGAGGCUGUCAAAUGACCUUCUUGUUUCUAAAGAGAAACUGUCCACUAAAAACGAGGAAUAUGUGCAGGAUCGUGGAAUUUCCACUCCCAUGUUGGAUAAACCCUCACCUGAUGGACCUACUGCAGAGCCACUGCUUAAUCUGCUCGAGCAUGAUGUUGUUGAUGAUUCUUUUGUGUUGGUUGUUCUAAAAGAACACUUAGAGGAGGCGGAGAAAUUGCUGCAGAACCUUGAAAAGGCCAUUGAAGGGAUGCACUCUGAGUCAAUGUCCUCUAACAGGUCCAGUGGUGAAGUAGCUUCACCUGCGGUAUCCAGAUUAAUUCAAGCAUUUGAGUCAAAGGUGCAGCAUGAUGAACAUGAGGCAGAAGAAAAGGCUGUGACUGAAGAUCAAUCACCAAGAGAUCUCUUUAUUUUAACAAAAGAGCAAACAGGAAGUUUGAGGGUAUUGCUUCAGCAGUUGCACCUGGAUGCUGAAAAGCUUAAAGAGGAGUGUAGAAAAGCUUCUAAAGUUCCAUUCAAAGAGCUCAAGGUUGAAUAUGAAGCUAUGAAGCAACACAGUGACAAUUUGGAAGCAGAAAACAUUGAGCUCGGAAUUCUGUAUGAAGCUGUAAAGGAACAUGUAUGGGGACUUGAAGAAAAGAACAAUGAGCUUCAAGUUCUCUACGAAGCUUCAAAACAACAAGGCCUUAGUCUGAAAGCAGAAUAUGCUGGGCUUGGUGUAAAAGUGAGUGAGUACCAAUCAAGAGUUAGUGAGUUGCUGAGUCAAUUGUAUGAUUUACAGCGAAGUUCAGAUGAGAAGGCUUUGGCAAUAGAAAAUCAAUUAGAAAGUUUGCAGAAGGAAGCAACUGAGAGGGCGUUGAUACUUGAACAGGAAUGGAAUACUACCAUUGCUCAAAUUAUUGAAACAAUAGGAAGGCUUGAUGUUUCUAUUGAGAGAGUGUCAACCUCUGCCAUCUCACCUAGCACUGAUGAUGGCUUGGAUGUAAAUAGCCACAUUGCUGCUUCUGUAAGUGCCACCAUCAAGGUGAUUGAAGAUCUACAGGAGAAACUAGAAGUUGCUCGUGCUGACAAUGAAACAGUCUGUUCUUCCUCUGAAGAAGUGAAAGAGAAGUUCAAUGAUUUGCUCCGAAAGAAUGAAUCAACUUCUGUUAUACUGCAUAAGAUAUAUGAUGAGCUUAGGAAACUUGUAAUUGACUCAUGUGGGGCUGUGGAUGAUGAACAUGAGAUGAACAUUGAAGGUGGGACAUCGCCUGAUUCGAUUGACUAUAUCAAGUAUAAAACCAUUGUGGAUCAACUGGAAACUUUUCUAGGUGAGAGACUGCAACUCCAGUCCUUAAACAAUGAACUAAAUUCAGAGUUGAUCAGGAGAGCAAACGAUAUUGAGGAACUGAACCGGAAAUGUCUUGAUUUAGAUGCCAUUCAGAAGUUAAUAGAAGAUGUUGAGGGUGUAGUGAAACUGGACUGCACUGGAACCAACUUAGAUAAAACACCAGCUUCACACCUGGAAUCAUUGGUGUCUUCACUUGUUCAGAAGUACAAACAGGCUGGUGAGCAGGUGACUUCAUCAACAGAAGAGUUUGGAUCCAAGGAGAUGGAAUUGAUAGAACUUCAGGAGAAGGUGCAUCAGUUAUCUGCUUUGAACGUCAGGCAGGAAAUUGAAAUCCUUGCUUUGAAGGAAAGUUUAAGUCAGGCAGAAGAAGUCCUUGCUGUCGCACGUUCUGAAUCGAAGGAAAAGAUAAGCGAACUUGAGCAGUCAGACCAGCGGGUAUCUUCCAUCAGAGAGAAGCUCAGCAUUGCUGUUGCCAAGGGGAAAGGUUUGGUUGUUCAGCGUGAUAGUCUCAAGCAGUCUCUGGCCCAGACAUCCAAUGAACUGGAGAGAUGCUCUCACGAGUUACAGUUGAAGGAUGCUAGGCUUCAUGAGCUAGAAACAAAACUUAAGUCCUAUAUGGAGGCAGGUGAGCGUGUGGAAGCUCUUGAAUCUGAGCUUUCAUACAUUCGCAACUCAGCUACUGCUUUAAGAGAAUCAUUUCUUCUCAAGGACUCUGUACUCCAGAGAAUUGAAGAGAUUCUGGAAGACCUAGAUCUACCUGAGCAGUUUCAUUCGAGAGGCACAAUUGAAAAGGUUGAGUGGUUAGCAAGAUCAGCUACUGGUAAUUCUGUGGCUGUCACUGACUGGGAUCAGAAGAGUUCUAUAGGAGGGUCCUAUACUGAUGCUGGGUUUGUGGUUAUGGAUGCCUGGAAAGAAGAUGCACCACUGAGCACUAGUUCAGGGGAUGAUAUGAGAAGAAAGUACGAGGAGCUUCAAGGUAAGUUCUAUGGCUUGGCUGAACAAAAUGAAAUGCUGGAACAGUCCUUAAUGGAGAGAAACCUCUUGGUGCAACGAUGGGAAGAAGUUCUGGACAGAAUUAACAUGCCUUCACACAUGCGGUCUAUGGAACCUGAGGAUAGGAUUGAGUGGUUGGGAACUGCUCUUUUGGAAGCUAAUCAGGAGAAUAGUACUCUCCAGCAGAAGAUUGAUAACCUGGAAAACUAUUGUGGAUCGGUAGCUGCUGAUUUGGAAGAGUCACAGGAGAAGAUAUCUGGCCUUGAGGCUGAACUCCAAGCUAUUAUGGAUGAGAGGGAAAAUCUCUCUGAGAGAUUGAAGAUCCUGAUCUCUGAUCAUGAGGACAUUUCAGCAAAGGCAGUCUGGUUUCAAGUUGAGAAUGAAAAACUGCAGAAUGAAGUGACUGUUUUGCAUGAGAAAUUGGCUGAGAAGGUUACGAAUGAGGACCGCAUUCACAACAUUGAAGGUGAGAUACAUAGAUUGGAGGACUUGGUUAGUGAUGCAUUGCAGUAUCCUGGUGCAAAAGAGCUGGUUUCUGGUGAGAGUACUACUGAGUGCUUGGAGGUAUUGCUAAGUAAGCUUAUAGAGCGCUACUCAACCCUUGCUACUGUAAAACCCAGCCUUGAGGGUGCAGUAGAUGAGCGCCACUCUGAGGAAACUCGUGCAAAUCUUGAUGAAUCAGGAAGUAGAGAUAUGCUAAUUAAUGAGGAACCUUGCAUAUCAGGUAUGAAGAAAGACCUGGAGGAGGCUCUUCAGAAUCUAAUGCAUGUGAAGGAAGAGAGAGAUGUAUAUAUGGAGAGGCAAAAAUCUUUGCUUUGUGAAGUUGAAGCACUUGAUAAAAAAAGAGGAGAGUUGCAAGAGCUGCUUAUUCAGGAGGAGCAGAAGUCAGCUUCUCUGAGAGAGAAGUUAACUGUUGCAGUUAGAAAAGGAAAGUCAUUGGUUCAACAGAGGGAUAGCCUGAAACAAACAGUUGAAGAGAUGAAUAAUGAACUGGAGCACUUGAAAUCUGAGAUUAGGGACUUAUCCACAUACUCCAAAACGGUUGAAGCCCUAGAAUCUGAGAGACUGUUCUUGAGGAAUUGUUUGACAGAAACUGAGCGUUUAUUGCAGGAGAGAGAACAUAUUUUAAAUGUGACUAUUAAUGCCUUAGGUGACAUUGAUGUUGGGGGUGAAAUUAAAAUCAGUGAUCCUGUUCAGAAGAUAGAACAGAUUGGGAAACAAUUCCGUGAUUUGCAUGCUGCUCUGGCUUCUUCAGAACAAGAAUCGAGGAAAUCUAGAAGAGCAGCAGAGUUACUGCUUGCGGAGCUAAAUGAAGUUCAAGAGAGAAAUGAUACGCUGCAGGAAGAGUUGGCAAAUACCGCCAAUGAACUCGCAGAUAUCUCCAAGGAAAGGGGGGUAGCUGAAGCUGCCAAACUUGAAGCACUCUCACGUCUUGAACAGUUAUCAGCAGUUAAUUCUGAGGGAAAACAGAAACAAUAUUCUGAAUUGAUGGCCUUAAAAAUUGGUGUUGAUGAACUGAAGAAACUCUUAUCUGAUAUUAAUAAUUUAUCAGCUGAUGUUUUAUCCAAGGACUUUGAAUUGCUGCAAAAUGUGGAAAUUUUCAUGGAGUCAUGUCUGAAGCAAGGUGAUACUACUAGUGUGAUUGACAUGCCUACUUUAAAUGCAUAUGGUGGCAAUACUUCCAGCAAUUCAGAACACAAGGAGAAACUUCUAUCUGUGGAUUCAUGGUUAGAUCCCAAAGUACCAGCCUAUGUUGAUGAUAGUGUAAUAAUUGAAGUUUAUAGUUCUGUUGGACGCAGUCUGCAAGAAUUGAAGACUGAUAUUGGUGUUUUGAAGGAGAAGUUGUACAGACACCCUGUAGCAUUACAUGAUAAAGCAAGUGAUCUCUCUAAAAUAAUGGAGAUUCUUAGCAGAGAAAUGUCUUCUCAGAUAAACUCAUUUGAGGUCUUGAAAAGAGACAUUAUGCGUUUGGAAUCAAUUGAAAAAGAAAAGGAUAUGGAGAUUGUCACGUUGCGCAGAAAUUUUGCCUUGCUUUAUGAUGCAUGUGCUAAUUCUAUCAUGGAAAUUGAAAACAGAAAAACUGAGCUGAUUGGAAAUAAAUUGGUUGUUCAAGACCUGGGAAUGAACUUGAAUCCAGCAUCAUUUGUUGAUGGAGGACUUUCUUUUGGUGGACAGACCCGUUUCUCUGAAGAAUGUGUCAAGGCUAUUGCAGAGAAACUACUUUCAGCUCUCAAGGAUUUUGCUAUUAUGAAAACUGAAAUUGUGGAAGGUAACCUAGAGGAAAUGAAAAUCACCAUCGCAAAUUUGCGGAGAGAGCUUCAGGAGAAGGACAUUCAAAAAGACCGGAUUUGUGCAGAGCUCGUUAGUCAAAUCAAGGAAGCUGAAGCUGCUGUCCGCAGUUAUUCACAGGAUACUCAAUCUUCACAAACUCGGGUAUUUGAUAUGGAACUGCAAAUGAAAAUGAUGGAGGAGGAACAAAGCCUAUUGGAGCAGAGAGUGAAGGAGUUGCUAGAUGAGCAAGCUGCCUUAGUGGAGUCGCAGGAUAGGGUCAAAUCACUGUCUGACGUGCUAGUUGCCAAAGACCAAGAAAUUGAGGCACUAAUGCAAGCACUUGAUGAAGAGGAGACUCAAAUGGAAGAGUUGAAGAACAAACUUAAGGAAUUGGAAAAAGUUGUGCAACAAAAAAACAUAGAGUUGGAGAACCUUGAAGCUUCUCGUGGAAAGAUUUCAAAAAGGCUUUCGGUUACUGUGAACAAGUUUGAUGAACUUCAUCAUUUGUCUGAAAGUCUUCUUGCUGAGGUUGAAAAACUACAGUCACAAUUGCAAGAUCGGGAUUCUGAGAUCUCUUUCUUGAGGCAGGAGGUCACUAGAUGCACCAAUGAUGUUCUUGUUGCAUCACAGAUGAGCAACAAGAGAGAUUUAGAAGAGGUCCAGGAGUUUUUGUCUUGGUUUGACUCCAUGAUUUCUCGGGUUGGGGUGCAUGAUUUGCCUAUAGAUGAUAGGAAAAACAAUCAGGUGCAUGAAUACAAGGAAACACUUCAGAAGAAGAUAUCAGCGAUUAUAUCUGAAUUUGAGGGACUGCGGGUAGUGUCUCAGAGCCAGGAUGCGCUGUUGCAAGUAGAAAAGAGUAAAGUUCAAGAGUUAACACGCAGAGAAGAGAUUCUUCGGAAGUCUUUAAGUGAGAAGGAGUCACAAAUAAACAUGCUUGAAGGAGUGGAAGAUUCAGGCCGGGAAACUAGUUUGACAUCUGAAAUUUUAGAAGUUGAACCCUUGAUAAACAAGUGGGCUGCACCUGGACCCUCCACGACAUCUCAAGUUCGCAGUCUGCGUAAAGUCAACAAUGAUCAAGUUGCGAUUGCUAUAGAUACUGAUCCUGGUAGUAGUAGUGGUAGGUUAGAAGACGAAGAUGAGGAUAAAGUUCAUGGUUUCAAGUCACUUACUACAUCAAAAAUUGUUCCAAGAUUUACAAGACCUGCAACAGACAUGAUAGAUGGCCUAUGGGUCUCUUGUGAUCGGGCACUCAUGCGACAACCUGCCUUACGUCUUGGUAUUAUAGUCUAUUGGGCUGUACUGCAUGCACUUCUGGCUAGUUUUGUGUUUUAACAAGCCAUACUGGUUCUCUGUUUGGUUUGAAGGCAAUUUGAGGAUGGAGCAUUGAACAUGAUUAGCACUCAAACGAGCAUCUAGUUUGCUGGACAAUCAAGUUUUUGUUUCUAGAUGUGGUCAAAUUGAUUGAUUAUUUAGCUCAACCAGGCUACUGUGAUUUUCCAUUUUUAAUUUUAUAGAUCUCAGGAUCGCUUGGUUGUUUCCAAUAAACGAAAUGUCCUCGUUCGGGGAAAAUAGAUUUUGAUUGCUUGUUUACUAUAAAGUAGAAACCCAACCAAAAAGGUUGUAUGUAAUUACAGACAUUUGUUACAGGAUCUUACAAGUUAAAAAGGUUUUGGUUAGUUAAUACACAAGCUACAACAUUUUUUGCA